UGCCGCGCCUCCACGCACGCAUGUCGGUCCCAGAAUACGGCGCCGCCACGCGCGCUCGCACGCACGGUGCGUGGUGACGUCGAGGCGGCGAGGGCGCCAUCCCGGAAGCGCGAGCAAGGCUGCCAGAUGUGCAGGCCGUGGAGGAGGAGGRAGAGAUGGACCCCCCGGACUCGGCCUCGAGGGUCUUCUGCAGCAGAAUCCUGAGCAUGGUGAACACGGAUGACGUCAAUGCCAUCAUCCUGGCCCAGAAGAACAUGCUGGACCGUUUUGAGAAGACCAAUGAGAUGCUGCUGAAUUUCAACAACCUGUCCAGCGCCCGCCUGCAGCAGAUGAGCGAGCGCUUCCUGCACCACACAAGGACGCUGGUGGAAAUGAAGCGGGACCUGGACAGCAUCUUCCGCAGGAUCAGGACCCUGAAGGGGAAACUGGCCAGGCAGCACCCGGAGGCCUUCAGCCACAUCCCAGAAGCUUCCCUCCUGGAGGAUGAAGACGAGGACCCCAUCCCGCCCAGUGUCACCACCACCAUUGCCACCUCGGAGCAGAGCACAGGCUCAUGUGACACCAGCCCUGAUACUGUCUCGCCCUCCCUCAGCCCUGGCUUCGAAGACCUGUCCCACAUGCGGCCUGGCUCUCCCACUGUCAACGGCCACAGCCAGACGGAUGAUGAGGGGAGGCCAGGAGAGUAGCCCUGCUCCAGGCACCCAGAGGUCUUGGGCAGCAGUAGCCAUCCCCAGGUGUCUGAGGUGGCAGUGGGUAACCCUGCCUCACCAUCUUCACCUUUGCCACCCUGUUCUGUCAUCCAGGGCUCCCUCCUGGGGCUGUGGAAUUCCUGGGGUCUCUAAUUUCCUGCUCCUUCUCCUGGGAACAUAACCUCAUGCCAGGGCGCAGCCAUCCCAGCUGGAGUGGUGGGGCUGGGCACAAGGGAUGUUUUCAGAGCCAGGCCUCAGGUCUGCUCUGAACAACAGUUAAGAGGUGACCUAUCCCCUGGCUAGGACCUCCUGGAGGUGGACAAGAUCGUCACAUCAUCCUCUCACCCUGCACCCACUAAUUCUGGUUCCCCUGCCCCUUCCUCGGACUGAAGUACUGAGUACUUUCUCCAGUUAGUGUCUCCAGGAGGUUUCUGACACAGAGAAGGAAGUUAGAGAUGGAGGCUGGAUGGCCACUCAGCCCUGGGCCUGUGAGGCCUGUGUUUGAAUAGAGGUGUGGACCUCAGAGGCCCCGUAGGCAUCUCCUGGGUUUCCUGGAGCAAGCAACACCACCUUGGAAAACAGUUUAGUGGAAUAUUUUUGUACCCGAUGUUUACAGAUGCUGUUGGGAAGUUAUCAAUAAAAAGACUGUUGCUAAAAAGGGAAGAGCA